AUGGUUCAGCUUGCGACAAUUUUCCCCAAAGUACCGCAUACCGCCCUUCUGGUCCUCGGCAAAACCGUCGGAAUUGAAGAGUCUGUUGGAUCAUAUCAGGCGGACAGCUGCUUUGGUUUAUGCGGAUCUUCAAGCCCACCAUCUUAUAAAGAGCUCCUUGAGCGAGGUCUUAAGGCGCAGAGGUCUCUUGAGGGAUUGGUUCCGACCUGA